AUGGCGCCCUUCAAAGCGCCCAACCUGGGACCACUGCAGAAACCAUCUCGAUGGGUCAGAAAGCAUUGGCUGCCACCGCUCAAUUUCAUCACCAUACACUACGCCUACUUCAUCAUAUCAUGUAUGAUCAGCGCCCUAAUCAUCUGGCGCUCCUCCACCCCGUCACACAGCGUCCAGUUCAUAGACGCGUUAUUCCUGUCCACCAGUGCCAUGACUGAGGCCGGCUUGAAUACCGUCAACCUCUCGAGCUUGAACACAUUCCAGCAGGUCUGGCUGCUCCUACAGAUCUUCUUCGGCUCCGCGAUCUUUGUCUCGGCCGUGGUGGUACACUUCAGGAAGGCUGCAUUUGAGAAGAAGUUCCAACAUGUCUUGGCUGAGCGCGAGAAGCGUCGUCGAGCACAAAGAGGAAGGAGCCGCUCUCGAGGACAUAAGCAUGGCUGGUCGCUUAGUAGUCGAACGAGACAAGAUCGACAAGAUGAAGAGAUCCUGGUUGAACAGAGCAAAGAGCGACAAGAGCGAAGUCGAAAGGAGGACGAUAUUGGGCACAUAUCCAAAGACACAGGGAUCAAAUCGGCUGCACAGCGGGGGGAAAAUGGGGAACGCAGUCGCGAUGGUGAUCUGACGCGAUCUGACCAUGACGACAUGAAUGAGAAAGAGCUGGGUAUAGACGGUUCCGACCAUCGUGCUGGACUCCACUUCAGCGAUGACACGAUCUUUGACCGGCAGCACUCGCCAGUGUCGCCCAGGAAGCGAAGCCACAGUUUGUUCCGUGUCCAAGGCGUAGGUGCUGAUCCGUCAGCCAGCCUUGAACCUGUAAGCACCACACGAUCAGGCACGAAUGUAAACUCGAAGCAGGACAUAUCGUCAAGUAAGCCUAAGAUCUAUGAAGACUUGGGAGGCUACAUCAAUACCUUGGGAGGCUGGAUGGGAAGGAACAGCCAGAUGUACGGCCUCACUGAAAAGGAGCGCGAACGGCUCGGAGGCUACGAGUAUCGUGCCGUGAAGGUCCUGUCAUGGCUGGUACCAACCUACCUGCUUCUCAUGCAAUUCUUCGGAGCCAUUGGCUGUGCGGCCUGGGUGGCCAGCACCAGACCAGACGUAACACGUAGCAACGGUCUGAACCCUUGGUGGGUCGGUGCCUUCAAUGCCGUGUCUGCCUUUAACAAUUCUGGCAUGAGUCUCCUCGACGCGAACAUGACAGCCUUCCAGACAGGCCACUACAUCCUCUUGACUAUGGGCUUCUUGAUCCUCGCCGGCAAUACAUGCUACCCAAUCUUCUUGAGGCUUAUAAUCUGGACCAUGUGGAAACUCGUCACCCGUUUCACCGACUCAGAACCCUGGCGCGAGCAUGCCCGUACCCUGAAGUUCCUCCUCGACCAUCCACGCCGAUGCUACACCAAUAUCUUUCCUCGCCGUCAUACUUACUGGCUGCUCGCGUCCGUCAUCGUCCUAAAUGCUAUUGACUGGGCCGGCUUCGAGAUCCUCAACAUUGGCAAUGAACACAUCGAGAUCCUGCCCGUAGGCGUGCGCGUGAUUGACGGCCUCUUCCAGGCUUUCGCGGUGCGAAGCGGUGGUUUCUAUGUCGUGCCUAUAAGCCAGGUGCGCAUCAGUCUGCAAGUCCUGUACGUCGUGAUGAUGUACAUCAGCGUCUACCCAGUAGUGAUCACCAUGCGCAACAGUAAUGUGUAUGAGGAGAGAUCGCUGGGGAUAUAUGCUGAAGACGCUGAGAAGGAAGAAGAGAGCCGAUCCAGUGACAGAGGGUUCCUGGGACGCAUCACUGGCCACCUUGCCGGACACCACCAUCAGAAAGAGAGCAAUACGCACUUCAUCCGGCAUCAACUCCGCGCACAACUUGCGCACGAUAUGUGGACUGUCGUCAUCGCUCUCUUCCUAAUCAUGAUCAUCGAGGGAGGUCAAUUCGAUCGCGACCAGGGCAACUUUUCAGUCUUCAACUUCCUCUUUGAGAUUGUGUCUGGCUACGGAUGCGUCGGAAUCAGCGUGGGAAUCCCAUGGGAGAACUACAGCUUCGCGGGCACGUGGCACAAAGGCAGCAAGUUGAUUCUGUGCUUCGUUAUGUUGCGAGGACGGCACAGAGGACUGCCAGUGGCGAUCGACAAGGCGGUCUUGCUGCCGGGUGAGGAGACGGCGGAGACUGAGGAAGCAGAUGGGAGGAGAAGAUUGGAGAUGGAGAGGUUGAGGACGAGGAGUCGGGGCAGGGAAGUGGUGUAG